AUGAAGCACAUCGGUAAAGCCAAAGCAGCAGCAAAGAAUUAUCACAGGAAAGAGUUUCAGGUGGUCAUGAUGAUCCAAUAUAGGGUUUGUUUAUUCAGCGUCAAUCUCCUCAACCCAUCUAUAGAGCGUAUAGGUAAACUUGUUAGCCUAGACGAUGUUGCAGAUCGUGUAGAGAUAUCUAAAACCUUUCACUGCGACGGUUUACUGUUAUGCAUCACCAAAGACAGCUCUAGUCUUGUUGUUUGGAACCCUUGUUCGGGGCAAACCAGCUGGAUCAAACCCAUGAAUUCUUACCACAAAUUGUUCGACCGGUACGCUCUAGGAUGCGAAAGGAAGGACAAGUUUCGUAGCUACAAAGUCUUGAGAUUUCUUGAUGAUUACGACUCAAGAGUGAAGGGCCGAUUUCGUGAGUUUGAAAUCUAUGAUUUAAACUCUGAUUCAUGGAAGGUUGUUGAUGUCAAUCCCGACUGGGAUAUAGAGUAUCAUCAGCGUGGUGUGUCUCUCAUGGGAAACACUUACUGGUUUGCUUACGAGAAGCUUCCAACUGCAGUACAAGGACAAGUGCGAGUGAUAUCAGAUAUCCCUGAUUUCUUACUAUGUUUUGAUUUUACAACUGAGAGUUUUGGACCGCGUCUGCCUCUGCCUUUUCACGCCUUUUAUGGAGAUACUGUGAGUCUCUCUAGUGUUAGAGAAAAGCAUCUUGCGGUGCUAUUUCAACAAUGUGGUUCACCUACAUUUACCGUGAAGAUAUGGAUUAGUAGCAAGAUUGAGCCCAAUGCGGUGUCGUGGAACAAGUUGUUCUUAGCGGUUGAUAUGAAACCACUCACCAAUGUCGCUUUUCAGUUUCUGGAAAUAAGUGGGAGUUUCUUCGUUGACGAGAAGAAGAAGGUCGCGGUGAUUCUUGAUAAAGACAGAGGUAAACAUUACCCCACUAGCAACGUAGCUUACAUCAUUGGAAAGAAGGGAUACUUCAAACCAGUGAAUAUUGGGGAGUCUAUAGAGGCUGGUUGUUGGCCACUUGUGUGCUCUUAUGUUCCUAGCUCAGUGCAAAUCAAGCAAGUUGCACCACCCUAAUCUAUCAGCUUGUACUUGGCGUUUA